UGGUUUGCUCUCCAACGGCCAACAAACGGCAACUCAGAAAACCAAAUAUACUACUGUUAAUAAUCUACAAAUCUCUACCAACAAUACUGAGAGAUUUACUCAUUUGAGUUGUUGGCUGCUCAGCUCCAAUAAGCCCGGCUCAAAGCGAGAAAACUUUAAACCAAAUUCCAAUACUGAGUUUAAAACAAGCUAACAAAUGUUGCCAGAGCACAGUGAAAAAAGUCAGUUAAACUCUUCUAUAAAGUUUCGAAAACAAUUCAGUUGUCUGCGAAACGGUGAAGAAAUCGGACGUGUAACACGGAGAAAACUUUUAAAUCUAAAGCAAAAAAUAAAAAAAAAAUUAAGAGAAUUCUAAAAUACAAAACAAUUUCAGAAAACAAAAGAAAGAAAAAAAGUAGUUUGUGUUGAUUAAGAAGAAAAUUAAAAUUCAAACUAAAUAACCAAUAAAAUCGAACGUACUCGUAUUCGUAUAUUUAAAUGUAUGUGUUUAUGAUGUCAAACUGUGAAACUUUGAAAAAAGAAAAACAAUAAGCAUUUGAAAAUGUUUGAAAAAUACUAAUAAAAACGUAACAAAUGAAAAUAUGAGAAUAAUAAUAAUAUUAACCAAACAAAGCGAUUGAGUAGAAAAGUAAAAUAUAAAAAUAUUAAUUAAAAAAAAAAAACAAUCUAAACAAGUGUGUGUUUGUGUGUUAAAAUAUAAAACAAAUUAAUAGGUAUCUAGUGUUGCAACAAUGUGUUUUGUUUUGAACGUUAUUUAUGCAACAACGUUAUUAAUGCAGCAACAUUGAAUAAAGUAAAACAGAAAAACUCAAAACCAAAGUUUUUACUUUCAACAAUAUUUCUUGUUUGCUUUGCUGCAUUCCACCACUAUUUAUCAUCACCAUCAUCAUCAUCAUCAACUUAGUCGUCGUCAUCGUCAUACAAUCAAUCCAUUAUUCUUCAAAAGAAACCAAGUUUAAUUAAUAAAGCUCUUCAACACCUUCUCUGCUUGCUUUGCUUACAAGCUGACGAGAGAGAGAGAGAGAGAGAUAGAGUACCUGCUGAUGAAAAGAAAAAUCAACAAAGAACAUUAAAUUAUAAACCUCAAUCAACAAUUCAUAAGACUGUCAAAUGAACUUGCCUCCCUUAAUACCCCGUUCCACGACCUCAGAUAAUAAACGUAAUAUUAAUAAUUUUAAUAACAACGAUAAAAUUAACUUGUAUUUAUUGGUUUGAGAAAAAGAAAACCAGAAACAAAGAAACACAAACAAUAUGGCAACAAUGCCAGUCGUUUGGUGCACUGAUCCCAAUUCGGUCAACAAUAAACCCACAGCGUUUGCUCUACACGGCAUUCAGUUACAGGGUAAUGUCACCGAGAAACAAGUCUUAGCUUUACGGGAAUUGGUUAAUGCAGCUGCCGAGGGCCGCUUAAUCCUUCCUUCAGAUGGCACAUUUAUGCUUCUGGAUAGUGGUAUAAGCAUUGAAAGUUCUAUUGUCAAUAAUGGUAGUGUUGCUACUACCCCUACAACAACAUCAACAACAGCAGCUACAUCAUCAGCAACCACAACAACAUCGACAUCUUCAAUGCUAAUGGAUGGCAUUGGCAACAAAGAAAAUAUUGAUCAAAAUCAUCGGGAAAAAACCCAAGGGAUCAAUACAAACUGUGGCAGUACUCACAGUGCACAACGACAUUUGAAAAAUACUUAUAUUCUAAUGCCUGUUACAACAACGGCCCAGAAAAAUGCCAUCGCCAACUUGCCAACAUUAACGCCACCCACAUCAAUGUCUACCACACCCACAUUCGAGUUGGAAGGACCACCAACAUUCGAAUUAGAACCAAAAUAUUCGACUUUCACGCCUCCACCGUCAACAACCGAAGAUGACGAUGUUCUCUAUGAAUUUUUGUGUUGCGCAAAAUGCAUGAACGAUCCUAAUACUUCGCGUUGCUCCAGAAGGACUCCAACAGUAUCACAGCAACGAAAGUCGCAAUCACAACAAAUGUUACAGCGUUUGUUAAAGUCAUGUGAACGUUCUUCCUCGACUCGGCAGGGGGCUGGUGGAGGAGAACCUCAUACUGUGUCUGUUCGUGGCUGCAAUAAUGGCAAAGUCAACGAACCGCAUCAGCUGUACGAUCCGACAUACAAUAUUGCCAAUAAGUACACGCGUCGAUAUCAACGCAAACACUGCAAUAUGUCGGCCGCCACUAUUGCACGUAAUCGUCAUCACAAUCAUCGUCACAAAUUACCGAUGCAAAGUGUUAAAAUCUUUCACAAUCGCAACCACGCGUGCAGUAAUGGAGGUGGAGGUAAUAGUGCUGGUAGUUGUGGUAGUGGUGCCAGUAUUAGCGCUAGUGCCAGUGGCAAUGGCGAUUUCGGCGGUGGUUUUUUAACAAUAUCCACCACAACAACCACCACUACUACUACUACGACGAGCGGUGUUAUUAGUAAUGGAAACAUUAACGGUAACAGUAACAGUUGCUGUAGCGGCAAUAGUAUUAGUGACAGUUGUGGUAAAACAGCAACAGUUAUGACAAACAUACCAUUAGUAGUCAAUCAGCUAUCGUCGUUAACGCCUGCACUACAGCUGCCUCUGUAUGCAACGGUUAAUAAAACUAACGGUAAAACCAAAAUGACGAUGGAAUUGAGUGCGUCCAAAAAACCCACCUCCGAAAAGGUGGUUACGGUUAGCGCAAUCGUUCAUGAACCUCCGCUAAGUAAAACAACCGAUCAGCGUAAGAAUCUCCCAGAUGCAGCUGAACACACGGUACGCCAGCGAAAGCUGGGUGCCGUCCAAGGCGGCCUACAAGAUACAGUUCAAAUUGAACUGGACAGUUUCGUUCAGAAAUUACAAAACUCCCACGAUCAGCAAAUAAACUGUGAUAUUGUAAUGGACACUUUACCAGUGGUAAAGGAUUUAAUAAGUUUCGAUGACGAUGAAGAUUCCGACAAGAAUUUAAUGUCCAAUACUUGUGAUAACAAUAGUCAAAUUGUAGAUUUACUCUCACAACCUAAUGUCGAUUUACCUACCGUAGAAGAGGAAGAACCGGAAGUAGGUGAAGAUUUGGUAGAAAACUUACCUACAAAUAAAUCUCCUCCUCCAGUACGCAGUAAUGCAUCCAGUCGAAAGACUAGUUUCGAUUCGACAUGCACCAUUAGUUCAAUGGAUUCUGGCUUUAUUGAAAUGCAAAAUAAAUUAGAAAAUCCACAACAACCAUCGUCGACUAACCGUCCAACAUUGGCUAGCAUUUUUACUGGUCUCGCUUUGGCUAAUUCCUCAAAUGCGUCGACACGCGAGACUAGAGGUCAUGCCCAAGGAGGUGAAAAGAUUGCUCGUCUCAACUAUAAGGAGUGUUUAACACAGUCGCGCAAUCGUCGUAAAUCUUAUGAAGAAUUUAAAGCCAUGUUUGCCAACUCAAGCUCCAACUUGGAAACGUCAACUACGACAUCGUCAUCGCCAUCGCCAUCAUCAUUUCCAGUAGACACUGGUACCGCAAAUGAAAAUAAAAUACAAAUAAGACGCAAAACCUUUCAAGAUCUUAGAAAAUCAUACGACAAAGACAUGCAAUGUGAUUCUGUUCACCAGCAAUCGUUCGCAACUAGUAACCUGCAACAACAACAGCAAAAGAACCAAACGGAAAUAUUAACAACAGCAGCAACAACACCAACAAUAUUAAACGGCUUAGAAUCAAUCACAGAACAAGAAUGUACGACAACAACGUCUCCAACGGCUAUACCAGCUUCUGAUACAAUGACGUUAGAUAUAGACAACAGAGUUGGACUAACAACACUUGUAGAUUUAAACGCUGCUGUUGACGUUAGUUGUCGUAGUGUUGGUGGCGUUGUUGAUGUUAAUGAUGUUGGUGCUGGUGCUGGCGUUGUUGGCAGUAGUAAUAAACCGGCUUUUCCAAACGAGUUUGCUGUUAAGACCGUACCAGGUACUACACAUGAAAUGGAUACUGCUACAACACAGUGUGGUGGUAAUGAUGGUGUUGUUGAUAAUAAUGAUAAUGACAAAACUAAUACAUGUUGUAGUCUAGCUUUAAACACAAAUAGCAACUGUGAGUGUAAUAACAACAUCGAUUGUAGUCACACCAUCAACGCUGCCACCACAGAUAUUUUACGUAAAAAUUCUGAUUUUCUAUCGAAAAUUCUCGAUCGUCAGUUACUAACUAAAGAGAAGGAAAAAGCACACAUGCGUCGUAAAUCUUAUGAAGAAUUUAAGCGUCUGGUGCGCGAAUGUGAGAUGGGUACUGAUAAGCCAUCUGUUGCAAGUACAGAUGCUGCCGUCUCCGCAACUACACCAUUUAAACGACAAAACUCAAAGCAUCGCAAAAGUUAUGCUUCAUUUCUCUUGAUGCGCCGAAAUUCAAAUUCGAAAGAUCAAAACACUGAACGUAUUAAAAAAUCAAUAACUUCUUCGAUCGAAACUAAGAACGAUACGAACAAAGUGAAAUUGGAAUUGCAGCAAGUUACCGGACAAAUGCCAGAAUCCAAUGGUAAUAGCAAUUACCGACACAAUUUCAAAAUCUACGAUAAGCUUGUAUACGGCACCAUCUACGAUAUAAUCCAACGUAAAAACGAUAUUUACAAUUUGACAUGUCAACGAUACGACAAAUACAUGACUUAUGGCACCAUCUAUGAAAUACUACAUCGCAAAUCAUCCCAGCCGUCACCGCUUACCACUUCCAAUAGCUACAGCGGCUGCAAUAGCGAAAAACUGUUUCAGAGAAAAAGCUUGUCUGCUAUAUUGGAAAGGGACUUUGCCACUGAUAAAUGUAAUAAGAAAGAUUUGGAAAAAAUUAAGAAAUCUGGCAUGAUUUAUGACAUUAUACAAAAACAGCAUCAGCAACAUCAACAAUUGGAGAUGAACACAACAAUUAAGGACACAGCUAACAUACAAGAAGUUGUCGAUAAGAAUCUGGUAACAAAUAUGGCGACAACAACGUCAGUUCCAACAAUUGAUGCUAAUGUUGCUGUUGCUGACAAAGAGAAUGUUUUAACUGUUGUGACCACAAAUGUUGGCUACAAAUAUGGCACCAUAUAUGACAUCUUACAAGGAGAGAAAUUAGAUGCCAAUGGCGAAGCUGCAACCAUAACAACACAACAAAAUCAACAGCAGCAGCCACUAAAAUGUCUUGUUAAUAAUCGUUUUGUUGUCAGUAGAAUCGACGAACCAUUGAAGGUGACUGACGCGAAGACGAACAAAGUACAGCAUACGGCGGAGCAGGAUGAAGAGAAAGGAGUGGAUACUAAAAAUGUGCUGCUUAAAGCUACAAAACCAAAUAAAAUGAGAAGACUGUCUAAUAUGUUAAACUAUAAAGGAGGCGAUGCAAAAUCAUCGUCAACAUCUGCAUCAACGGAUAAACCGAAUACAAACUCGGAACAUUUAGAAAACAUGAAAGAACCAUCCAAAGAGUUAAUAUUACAUUCAAACCUAAUACCAGUCGACAGUGAGGAAUUAUAUUCGAGAAUUGUUGCUAAAAAUCGUGAAAAUGCCGGUGCAGUUUCAAGAAGUCCCAUACAAAAGUCAAACUCCCUUGAUGCAAUUUCAACAUCGGUAAUAAUAUCUCCACCGGCCUCACCCUCCCCACCACGACCUCGUCGUAGCCUUAAGCAACACAAUUGCUUGCUGCGCGAUCAACAGAAACCAAAACAACUGCAAUUGAUUAAAAAACUAUCGCUUGAUAACUCAACCAGUCACACAACAACUAAAGAUAAAGAGGUCAAACUUCGACGUUGGUCGAAUCAAAUACCCCUUAAAUGUAACUGUGAUUUUACGUUUUCAACGAACAGCAAUGAAAAUUCCCCCCUAACAAAUCGGGAUUUAUGCAAUUCCUGGGAGUUAUCUAUCAAAAUGACUUCGAAUUGCUCCUGCAAUGAAGCGUUCUCUUCAAAUCCAAAUGCUUCAAAAUCCCAAUUCCAUGCCACUAUUGCUGCAAGCAACAACAAUAAUAACAGUAACAGCAGUAAUAAUAAUAAUAAUAAUGGCAGUAGUGUCAUUGAAACAUUUAAUGCCGAAUUGUCAUCUAAUAACAAAUUCUUCUCCCCCUCCUCAUCCGCCCAGUUGGUGUGCAAUACGUGCUCAAUUCAUUCAGACACAAAGUGCCUGUGUUUGGCAAGCAGAAAUACCACAAACUUAAUAACAACAACAACAACAACGUCUACUACAACGUCAGCUGCGACGUCUAAUGGUAGCAAUAGCAAAACUUCGGCCAAGAAAGGUAAAUCACGGCGGCUAUCGGAAUUUACGCGGGGAGAAUUUUUAAAUGAAAAACCUUGGUACUUCCGUAAAAUUAAACGUAUUGAGGCUGAAAAGAAAUUAUUACUGCCAGAAAAUGAGCAUGGAGCAUUUUUAAUUAGAGACUCUGAGAGUCGUCAUAAUGAUUAUUCACUAUCUGUUCGUGAUGGUGAUACAGUGAAACAUUAUCGCAUUCGACAACUAGACGAAGGUGGUUUCUUUAUAGCAAGACGCACAACAUUCAGAACUCUCCAAGAACUGGUUGAACACUAUUCUAAGGAUUCCGAUGGCCUGUGUGUUAAUUUAUGCAAACCGUGUGUACAGACCAGUCAAUUUGCGGGUAUAUUCGAGAUUGAAAAACCUGUCACCGAAGGAUUAUCACAUCGAACUCGUGAUCAGUGGGAAAUUGAUAGAACCUCCCUUAAGUUCGUACGUAAAUUGGGUUCUGGUCAGUUUGGUGAGGUAUGGGAGGGUCUUUGGAAUAAUACCACAUCGGUAGCUAUAAAGACUCUCAAAUCAGGCACAAUGGAUCCAAAAGACUUUUUAGCAGAAGCUCAAAUUAUGAAAAAACUCCGCCACAAUAAACUUAUACAGUUGUAUGCGGUAUGUACAGUUGAGGAACCGAUUUAUAUUAUAACCGAACUGAUGAAGCACGGUUCUCUUCUGGAAUAUUUGCAAGGUAAAGGUCGCAGUCUUAAAAUGCCGGUGCUAAUUGAUAUGGCUGCUCAAAUAGCUGCUGGUAUGGCUUAUUUGGAAUCUCAGAAUUACAUUCACAGAGAUUUGGCUGCGAGAAAUGUAUUAGUGGGAGAUAACAAUAUUGUUAAAAUAGCCGAUUUUGGUUUGGCACGACUUAUUAAAGAAGAUGAGUAUGAAGCCCGCGUUGGUGCUAGAUUCCCUAUUAAAUGGACUGCUCCAGAAGCUGCAAACUAUUCCAAGUUUUCCAUUAAAUCUGAUGUCUGGAGUUUCGGCAUUUUACUUACUGAAUUAGUAACUUAUGGACGUAUUCCAUAUCCAGGAAUGACCAACGCAGAAGUAUUAACGCAAGUCGAGCAUGGUUAUCGUAUGCCACAGCCGCCAAAUUGCGAUCAAAGACUUUAUGAGAUUAUGUUAGAAUGUUGGCACAAAGACCCCAUGAGACGACCCACAUUUGAGACUCUGCAAUGGAAGUUGGAGGAUUUCUUUACAUCAGACCAGAGUGAUUACAAAGAAGCGCAAGCCUACUGAUAAAUGCUUUAUGCUGCUUCCAAACAACAAGCACCCACAAAAUCACGAAACCCUAACAUAACCACGAUGUCAUCUCCAUCUUCAACAACAAUAACAAAAACAAAACUAACUACAUCACCAACUGCAAUGAAAACUACAGUAGCAACAGCUCUUAAGAAAAACUACAAGUGAAAGAAGUUUUCUUUUUUACAAACUUUUAGCUUGUUUUACACACACGUAUUUCAUAUGCAAAUAAUUCUAAUCCAAUUUAAAUGGACAAUUAACUAAGACACAGUUAAAUUUUAUGUAAUUCCAAACUCUAAACUAAUUUAACGGACUACCAAUUAAUCAACUCUUAGACAAGAUAUUGAAAAUAGUUGCGAAAAAGAAUGAAAGAAGAACACGAUGAGAACUAAACAAAAAUUAUGAAAGAAAUUAGUAUUAGUUAUACAUAAAUGGUAAUAUACAAAUUAUGUAUAUGGAAAACGCUUUUCUGAAACACAAAUAAAACAAUAAGAAUUAUUAAUUAUAUAAAAUAGAAAAUCAAAAAAAGCGUUUGUGGAAAUAAUAAUUAUAAUAAUAAGCAAAACAUACACAGACAAAAAAAACUACAAACGGCGUUUAAUAUUUAUCAAUCACACACAUAAAUGUAAUAAUGUAUUUAAAUGAAUGUAUUUAAAUAAAUUUUUAUGAAUUUUAUUUAAUAAUCAACACACAUACAUGCAUAUAAAACAUACAUACAUACAUAUUAUGUAUGUAUAUGUAUACAUAAAACACAAACAAACACGCCACAUUUUUAAAUGUAUGUAUUUUGAUUUUUCGUUAUUGUUUCUUUUGAAUUACAUGUUCUCGUUAAGCAAACAGUUUUUUUUCAACAGA